CAUGAGGUCAUUUUACAGAAACAUCAUUGUUGUUAGACUUUCAUGGUCAGUUUGCUCAAGGACUGUUAUCACAAAUUCCCUCUCUAUAUAAGUUCACUGAGAACAUGAGCUUCCUACUGGCUAUCUCCUUACUGGAAGCCUCGUACUUCUGCAAGAAUGAAGACCAUCUUGCCCUGCCUUCUUGUUCUCACCAUUAGUGUGUCACUGUCUGAUGCUUCUUGCUUCUUUAUGGAAUGCAAACCAGGGAUGUCUGACGGUGUGACUGUAGGCUGCCUUGACUGGGAAGGAAAGCUGCAUGAAUUUGGUUCCCAAUGGAGGACAGACGACUGCAAUGAUUGCUCCUCUUUCAGGCACGGUAUUAGCUGCUGCUCUAGCUAUGCAACACCAGUUGACUACGAUAAAGAAAAGUGUGAAAGCAUUUUCAACAAGGAGACCUGUUCUUAUAAAGUAGUGGAGAAAGAUGAUCACUCAAAAGAGUGCCCAGUCCAUUCUUGGGUGGCGUAACAGAAGAAUGGUGGAUUGGGGGGAUAUUUCCUUUUACUGUUUUAAGGGUUCUCUUUCACAAAUUCAAGAACACUUAAAAAUGCAGUUGUUGAGUGAAAUCUACUCAUAAAUCCCAACACAAAAUAAAACUGAAUAUCUACUCCCCAAAAAAUCCCUUGGUUUCUCUGCCUUCUGCUUCACCAUGAAGAACUGACCUGUUCCUCCCUUGAGAUCAGACAUAAAAGCUGACAUUUAAAGUAUCCGCAGUAGCUGCUAAUUUUAUUCUUCUCUGGCCAUUCUUCAGUGCCAGAGAGUAUAUUCUGUAAUCUGUGCACAGCUGUAUCUCAAAGCUAAAAUAAAAUCAGAUGAAGCAUCAGAAA